UUAUACGACAGUUUCGCUUAUCAUGUAAUUGUUGCUGCAAAACAUUACACCCGUAGUUUGAAAUUCUGUUUCGUUGGCUGGAAACUAAAAGCACAGCUUGGAUCUUACGGUAGAAUGACGAGUGGACAACGGGUUACGAUGUUAAUAUACCCAGCAGAUAAAGAAUUCAUACGAAAUUCAACUUUAAACUAUCCGAACAUCGAGACUGGUGGAGAUCUGUUUGGAUUAUGGCAAAGCGAAAGCGAGGUUGUUGUUCAACUUGCUACCGGGCCGGGGCAAAACUGCCACCGUACACAAACCGCGUUCUUUCAAGAUAAAACAUAUCUCAGUCAGGUUGGAGGCUAUUUAACAACCGCCAAAGGUCUUUGCAAUAUCGGCGAAUGGCAUUCGCACCAUCGUCUCAAUUUACCGGAACCCAGCGCCGGGGAUAGGGCUACAGUAUGGAGAAAUAUGCCCGGGUGUGGAUUGAAGAGAUUUCUACUUGUUAUUGCGACGAUUACACCGACGAGACAGGUCAAUAUAAACGGGUUUAUGUUUACAGCGCCUGAAAAUGGACGUUCACACGGGGGAAUGGAGCACGUUCAAACUCGGGUUCUCAACGGACCGAAUCCGUUCCGAAAGCAUGACGAAGUUUUGUCGGUGUUGCGCGAGGGUAAGGAGGUAGCCCCAUCAGGCCAAGACGCAUUGGAUGACGAAAAUGACGAAACGCCGAGUAUUGGAUCACAAAAGCCGAGACGUGGCAACUCUGUCCUGAAUGUAUUGAAGGGAAAAAAUUCAGGAAAGUACAAGAUAAAAAAACCGAAGAAGCAAAAGAAGCAGAAGAAUGCAAAGAAAAACGAUAGUCAGCUAAAUGAGAAACCGAUAAAGAGAAAAAAGAAAUUUCCCUUCAGUUUUGGGAAAAAGAAGGAUUACAAAGAGUUACCAGAUAACGGUGCAACCUCGGGAGAUUUUUCUCAGUCGGACUUUCAGAGUGAUCCGCCUGCACCUGAAGUCAGUACUCAGAGUAGCAACAAUAUUGAUGCCCAUUACAAUGGUCAGACAACACAACAACCCACGCCAAGCCAUCCGCAAACAAAUCGCACGAACGCUCAGAGACAUGCAUCGUACGUAUAAAGUUGUCUAUCAGAUGACCUCGAACAUUUAAGGUGGCGAUCGUCUGCAUUGUUAUUUUUACCAUUAUUAUCGCAUAAAUUAUUUGUGCACAUCAACACAUGUGUCAUUGUGUCUGUUAUACCCACUGAUCUAGAUCAGUGCUUACACCUGGUAACUCGCGGAUCGAAAUCACACCAGUUUAUAGGUUCUAGCACUGUGUAUUUAAACAUAAUUUUCAUCACUUGCGUUUUUUAGUCGACACGUAGUUAUAUCUUAUAUAAUUGACCCUAGAAGUGGUUACGUCACAAGAUUUUCAAUCCAUCUAAACAUUAGGUAUACGCGAUGCAAUGUGGGAUACAAGUGGGUCAAAUAUAUAGAUAUAGGAGAUCACAAAUAUCCAUUGUUUGACAGUGACUUAACGACGUAAGGACUUCUAAGGUCAAGUAAAAACAAGGUUUGUCUGUGUCAUAGAUACAGCCUGUCAGUGGUUUGAACUUCGAAGAACACUUUGAAGUUUGAAUUGGUUUAAUUAAUAUUUUGAAUAUAAAGAGUAAAUAAGAUGAAAUCGUGAAGGAACUUAAACACUUUUGGCAAAUCCUUGUUAAUGUUGUAAAUUUUCAAUAUAUAAUAAAAUACUGUAG